UUCAUAGACUUGAAUCAAAGGAGCCUUUCCUGUCUGUUGGUGGUUAUGUCUUUGACUAUGAUUACUACAGAGAUGAUUUCUACAACCGGUUAUUUGACUACCACGGACGUGUGCCUCCACCUCCUCGCGCGGUCAUUCCUCUGAAGCGUCCCAGAGUGGCUGUCGCAACAACUCGCAGGGGGAAAGGAGUCUUUUCCAUGAAAGGCGGAUCAAGAUCUGGUGUUAGUGGGUCUUCAUCGGGCUCUAAAUUGAAAUCAGAUGAGUUACAGACAAUCAAGAAAGAAUUAACCCAGAUCAAAACUAAAAUUGACUCCUUGCUAGGGCGCCUGGACAAGAUUGAGAAGCAGCAGAAGGCGGAGGCAGAAGCUCAGAAGAAGCAAUUGGAAGAGAGUAUAGAGCUGAUCCAAGAGGAAUGUGUGUCAGAGAAUGCAGAUCACUCUACAGAGGAGCCUGCUGAAGGAGGGCCAGAUGCGGAUGGAGAAGAGAUGACUGAUGGGAUAGAGGAGGACUUCGAUGAAGAUGGGGGUCAUGAGCUGUUUCUACAGAUAAAGUGAUCUGAAGUAAUGCAUGAUGCCGCAAAGCUGAAAAGAGAAACUGUGACAACCCCCAGAAAUGUGAAAGGAGGUUUCUUACUGGAUAGCAGCAUCCUUGGUUCAAUUUAUAUAAAAACCCAAAUAAAUAAAACGGACGGUAUUGUUCAAUUUUAGAAAUUCCAUUUCUUCUAUGUUCUACGCUGUACAAUUGUCAGGUUUUUAUGGUUUAAAUUGUAAAUGUGCUUUCCCCUUUGCUAAUUAUGUUUUUUUUUUAAGUCUUAAAAUGUGAAAGACAUUUAUGAAUGGUAAGGGAGACACUAUAUACAAAUGUAUAUUUGUAAAAGCUAUUUUUAUGAUUAGCAUGUUUCACUGUUGAUCAUAUAUAAAGUCAGGUGAUAUUGCAGUUCUAUGUUUAAAGCUUAUUUCCAACAAUGUCAUGUAAGAGAAGACACAUCUUAUGCUACUUUUUAUAAUUUAUUUUUAAUUCAUAGUUUAAAGUAUUUCAUAUCAUAAGGAUAAAAUACUUGAAAGAGUUAUAUUUCUGCCCUCUAUAAGCACCAUUUUUAUUAAUAAAGAAUGCAGAUAUUUCAGAUAUGUUACAAUAGUUAAAGGACUGUUGGUUUGACCUGUGAUUAAGUUGAGCAUGCUCCACUCUACUGAACUAAAGGGAUUGGAUUAUUACCUAAUACUUCAGUCUGGGUGUGAGAUUCCUUGGACAAGUUUUAAUGAUCUUAUAGGUGAGAACUAGAUUGCCAAGGAAAAGAUUGUCUUGUCUUUGGAUCCAAAAGUUUAAAUUAGUGUAUACAUCACUUCAUUUCCUCUCCUAUUCCUAGGAAUUCUCCCAAGUAUUGCAAGUGUUUUCCAGAUGCUCUUAGCUGUUGUCUUGUGCUGUGGAAAUGGAAGAAACCAUCUUCACAGACUGUAGGAGAAUUCAGCAUAUAAUUUCUUAAUAAAUACUGUUUCUUUUAAAACAAA